AUGGCAGAAUGUGAAAGGCCACAACGAAAUAGACAACAGAAAAAUGACAAAGAGAACAUCAGUGAUGACAAAUUAUUGGAAGAACGUUUAGAAAUUCUUAAAGAAUUUUUUAACGAACAAAAUAUAAAGAACAACAGUAAUGAACUUUUGGAAAGUAGUUCUUCUAUCACAAAUCAAAACCAAGAUGUGGUUUUGGAAGAAAACCAAGAUGUGAUUUUGGAAGAAAAUCCAAAUGUGAUUUUGGAAGAAAACCAAAAUGUGAUUUUGGAAGAAAACCAAGAUGUGGUUUUGAAGGAAAACCAAGAUCUGAUUUUAGAAGAACAUCAACAAGAAAAUACAGUUGAAAAUAUCACUAAUGAUGUUGAUUUGAAUGUACCCAUUACGAUUAAUACAGAAGAUCAAAUCAAUUCGGUGACAGAACAAGUUGAAACAAAUGAAUCUGUGCAAUCAAAUAUUUAUGAAAGAUCAUCUUUUCUCUAUCCUUUUCUCUAUCCUCAAUUGAUAUCAAAUGCUACAGCUCCACUACCAUCACUUGUUCAGAGUGAAUUCGAAAAAAUAGUCGAUCCUUAUUCUAUACUGAAUUUCGAUCCAUCUGAUUUACAAUCAGAACUUCGUCGAACGUAUCUUCCAUUUAUUCAGUUAUUCGAUUCAACAUUUUCAUCUGAACACGAUUCUUAUAUAACAUCUGACCCAAGAAAACGUUCAUUAUUAACCAUCACAUCGAAUGAAAAUAGUACGAUAGACGACGAUGAUGAGUUCUACCAUUUAAUAUCAUCAUUCUACGACGUACGAACAAAAGUUGAUCAUUUAACUAACGAAUAUGAUGUAUUACAACGAAAAAUAGCUUCUCUGUUGCCACACGUAUGGUCAUUCUCAUCUGAAAAAGCUGAAUCUGGAUCAUAUUGUGGGGAUAGUGUUUAUUUAAAACGUUCUGUUCUAUUUGAACAAGCAAAUUUUGAUCGAAAUUUAGCAAAUGAAGUCGAUGAUACAUUAAAACAAUUGCGAUCAAUUAUUUAUAAACAAUAUGUAGCGCUCAAAUAUGAAACAUUAUGGUAUAAAAUGAAAAUUGAUCAAUAUAUAGCGAAUAUAAUUUCAAAUCGUUCAAAAUUAUUACAUGCAAUUGAAAUUCUCUUUAAUUUUCAACGAUAUCGUACACGAGAUAAUUAUUUUUAUACGUAUACAAGACAAGUGUUGAAACGAACAGUAUCCGCUGUAUACUCAAAUGGAACAUACAACGAAACAUUAUUUAUUAUCAAUCAUGUACUUCGGUGUCCGCCAGGUAUAAGUCAAUGGGCUAUUGAAUUUGUUAAAUUUUUACUACCAUCAUCGUUGACGGUACUCUAUUCUGAUACUUAUACGAAGUAUUGUGCACAUUUUUUGGCUACAAUAUUAUUUCCAAUUAAAAAUCGCGAACGUUUUCUACAAAAUUGGAUUGGUGAAAAUGGUGAACGUUGUCCAACAACACCCAUCAAUCCAAAUACAAAAAAUGAUUGGCUAUUGAUUGAUGCCGAUGGUCAUGAACGUACAGCUAUUUUACGAUGGGAUACAUUAAAUGAAGAUGAUCUUAUUGGAUUAUUACAACAGUUUGAUUUAAAUUAUUUAAUGAAAUUAUUAUUCAAUAUAACCAAUAAUCAAGAUGAUCAUAAUCAAAUUGAUAAUAUGUAUGAACAUGCAAUAAAAACACUAGCGUUACUUGAUUUAUUCGCCGAAAUAUUAUGCCAAGGAUUUAGUACAUAUAGUGAUUCGCAAUAUAAAAUGUUUCACAAACAUAUUGGAAAACUAGUUAGAGAUUGUGUUCAUGCUUGUCGAUAUCAUGUUGAUUGUGUAUCAAAAUGUUUGUCAACUGAAGAAAAUGAAAAAUUAUGGAAACAUUAUUAUGCUUAUAUUUAUCGAUCAGUUGAAAGUAUUAUUAGUAAAGCACGAAAUGUUCGCUGGAAUUUAUUAUCAUUAUUCGCAUUAUUUGAUUUACCAUCACCUGUUCGAACACGUUUACUUCAUAUAAUUUGUUCUAUAUCCGACAAUGAAAUUAUCACAUUUGAAGGAAAUUCAUCAUUGGAUCAAAUGCUGAAUGUAUCGACGCCGAGUGAAAUUCUUUCACUUUUAAAAGUAUUACAUAAUCUUGGACAACCAGGAGAUGAUGAUGGUCAAUUCACGAAUGUUAUUUUUAACAUAUGCUUUAUUCAUCCUAUAUCACGUGAAUAUUCACUAAGGGACGGACGAGCGAUAUUAGUUCAUUUUUCGACAAUUGAACCAACGUUAAUUAGUCAUUUUGUUACAUUGGCAGCAUCCAGUAUUACAACUGUUGGAAAAGUAUUAAUUGGUGUAUUUAGAGAGUUACCAAUUCAUUUAUGGAAACCCAACAGAGAUGAUUUAGAACAAAUAGAAAAAUGGCUAAUGGAUAUUGAAUCAACUGUUUCAUUUCAACUAGCAAUACAUUUGAUCGAUUCAAUUAAUUGGAACUUUUCAUUAGAUACUCCUUCAGAAUUGUUUGUCCCCUAUUUUGUUCAUUGUAAAGUGGCAUUUAUCUUAUUACAAUUACAUAUGAAAUAUUGUGAUAAAAUAACAGCCACUAAAGAACAUCAACAACAGAUAAAUGCUUAUGAAAAAAUUAAACGAUCGACUUCAAACAAAAAUAGUAAAACUCAAAAUUUAGAUGAAUGGAUUUGGUUUGAAUUACUGCGUUUAAGGUUAAAUCGUUCUUGUUUAUCAAUCGAAAAAUUUGUCAACAGUGCAAAUAAAGAAGAUACACAUGGUGAUUUCAACGAUGAGUCACUUAUUGGUGAGAAUUUAGCAGAAUUACAACGUGCCGCAAAUCAAAAUCAUAGUUUAUUGGCAAUAUAUAUGCUAUUUGGUUUAGAUGUACCCGGAAACAGCGCUGCUGGCUUUUUUGAACUUGGUAUCGCCUAUUUAUCUCAGCUGAUACAGAACGGAAAAUAUUUGGCUUCUAUUAGAAUAUUGCACGAUAUGUCGGGAAUAUUGGUCCGAAGUGUACAAUAUUUAAUUGAAAAUGUAGAUUUAAAAACGUUACUCAAUGCAUCAGAUAAUCCACCGUCUUUUCUCAAAACUGCCACAUCUUAUUUGCAUACACAACAACAAACAGAAGGUUCAUUAACAUCAAAACUCUUAGCAUCAGCUUUAUUGGAUUUAUUAAUUUGGCUUGAAGAUAGUCCGAAAUACCGUCGUCUAGUUCUGCUACUGUGGUUUAAAUUGUUGACAGCAUUGAAAGAAUGGAAUAAAGACAACUCUAUUUUAUACGUUUUGGAUCAAAUUCUUUCGCAUUCAUUUGUUCACGAUGUUAUGAAUAAAGAAGUUGUUGACCAUUUGUUUGAAUUAGCUGUUUCAGCUUUGAGCCCAAAUCAGCAUAAUCAAUCACGUGCAGGUUUCUUCUCAUGGUUACCUCUACCAUCAACUGAUGCAACACAAAUCUAUUGGUCACUGCUAUCGAUUGAUUCAUCAUUAUUAUCUCGUUAUCCAGUAGUUAGUUAUUUCUUUUUAAAUGCUGAAUAUUCAUUUGAAUUAGAUGAAAAUGUUCUGAUGAAUCUGAAGAAAGAAUUAGAAAAUAAUUCUAAUGGAAAAGUUGAAUCCAUAUGGAAGAAAUUGAUUCAACAACGUCAUUAUCCGUCAAUUCCUUUGACAAGUCUUUCACUUUAUCGUUGGGGAACAAUGGCAAGUGAAAUGUCUGUCAAACAUCCGUUACUACCAAUUGUAUGGGAAAAUUUUUUUACAAUUUAUUUAUCAAAACAUCAAAACGGUUUACAUCAUGUGGGUUAUCGUUUAUUUGAAACUCCGACACAGAUCACAUUUUUAAAACAAAUGAAACGUUCAUUAUGUCAAGCUAGUGAAUACUAUGCAUCACAACAACAUAUGACAUAUGCUAAUAAAUUAACAACAUUCUAUAAUUCAUUAUCAUUGUGGAUAGAUGAGCCGCGAAUUCAUGAUCCACAACUAAAUAUCAAUUCAUUGCCACCACAAUAUGAUAAUGAACGUCUUUCAUUACUAUUUGAUUCAGAAGGCAAAAGAAUGGAAUUAAAAUGGAUGGAAUUAGUUGAUAUUAGACAUCUGUAUGAAAAUCUAGAACAAUUAGCAUCAACAAAUUGGUCUCAUCUUUAUCCGAGAACUACCGCUAUCACCAUAAACCGAACGUCUACUCUGAACACUGAUCAAUUGUUGACUUCUGCAGAAAAAUUAAUCGAUCUUGUUUCAAAUGUUAGUCUUAAUGUACAACAAAUUUCUUCUUCUAAUGAACCUGACGAUCAAGCAGUUUUACCACUAUUAAACAUACCUAAUGAUAAAAAACAAAUCAAAGUACUAUUUGAAAAAGAACUAAUAAAUGUUAUUAAUUGGUUAGAAACCCAUUGUCAACGACAUGAAAAACAAUUAGAAUUCGAUCAACUUAUCAUGACAUUGUUACCAUUGCUGUGGAAAAAUGAAUUUCAAGAAGUAUAUGCUCGUUUUUCAUUUGAUAUGUGGAAUCAUUUUGAUUCAAUUGAUGAAAGACCGAGUACAAAUAAUCACCUAAAAGGUUAUCAUCGACAACUAAAUGCACGCGUGCGAACGAAUCUGGGUCUCUGGACGUGGAUUAAUGAAGUUCGUUCAUCUGAAGAAUCUGUUAUGAGUCGUUAUGAACAAGAAGAAGCUCAAGAACGUAGAAGACCAAGAAAAAUAAAAAAUAUACGUGACCACGACAAACUUAAACAAAAACAAAAUAUAUCCAAGAUAAAGACUUCGAUAGUACCAGAGCAAUCGAUUCAGGCAUCAUGUCAAAAUGCCUUGAAUCCUGUCCAUCAGUGUACUCGUCCGGCGUACAUUAUUGUCCGUUAUAAAUCAAAACAACAGUGUCAAAAUUCCACUCAACGUCUUGAGUCAACAUUGAGUGAACAUAAAUCGUUGUUGACUGAUGCUUGUCGUUCGUGUGAUAUAUCUAUUUGUAAAUCUAUCGAUUAUAUGAAUCAAAUUGUUAAUUAUCUAACAAAACAGUUAUCGUCAUCGACCUCUUAUGAUACGUCAAUGUCAUUGUCUAUAAUAGAAGUGGGUACCGAAUUAUUUUAUAUUAUGUUAAAAGUAUACAACGAAAACUAUAAUGAGUACAUGUUACCAUUACAUGAACAGAUAAAUUCCCUGUUAGAUAUAUUGGGUGAAAUAUUUGUAAAAUGUAAUCCAAAACAAGCACAAACAAUCAUUGAACAUAUUGUACUACAACGAGCAAAUAUUACACGUCUUAUUCUCUAUUUUAAUCCAAAUUCUGUACAGAACGAUAAAUUUAUUGAUAUUUAUAAAAAAUUAUCAAAAUUAUAUACAAUUAUUGAACGCAUGUCAUAUCUUAUACAAUUGUUUCGAAAAUUUAAUAUAACUCUUUGGUUUACAUCAGUUACAAAUACACAACGAUUAACAUUUAUUACAACAUUAUUUCUUCAUAUGAGAUCACUAGUAGAAGAUUUUCAUUUAGCAGCUAAAACUGAUCAUCCACCAUUGUACGAUGAACCACCACUAAUCGAACAAACACAACAAUUGUUCGAUAUAGCCAUUGGUCAUAUGGUACAAAUAUUACAUUAUAAUUAUCCAACACAAACGGGACAUUUGUUUCAGGCAAUUAUCGAAACGAUGUUUAGUCUUCGAAAGAAGCAACCAGUAUCAUCAACGCCAAUUGAAUUCAAUCAAUCAAUUGAACUAGGACUUUUACCAUCCAAAGUAUUAUAUGAGUAUUUGGAACAGUUACAGUUACUAGAAAGCACAGCAACAAUUACACUCGGGGUUCAGCAAAUUGAUGAUAUGCUCAACUGGUUAAUAGCAUUCGUAAUAAAUCAAACGGAAAGUGGUGGUGAGAAACGUUUGCAACGUUUAUAUGAAUUAUGGAAACCAUGUUCAUUUGAACUAACUCGAAUUUAUUCGAUUAUUUUCACGUUCAGUGUUCGAAAAUUGUUAUUUAAUGGCCAAUUCGAUUUAAAUCAAAUAUUUGGUCGAUUAAAAUCAUUGUAUAGUUCAUUUAUCAAUCCUAGUGGUACUCUUGUUGUCGUUGUUACUGAAUGGAAAUAUAUUAUAGAUAAUUAUAAUACGGAAUUAACUCAUAUGAUUAAAUGUUUUAUUCAAUCAUGUCAGUUUCUUUAUGAUUGUCUGCGUAACACAACAGCAUCAAUACACAAUCAAUAUUUUACAUGUUUAUUAAAUUAUUGGUACGAAGUGACAAAAUGUUUUAUUUUAAAUGAACAAACGUAUGUUGUAUUGGAACUUUAUCAUCAUUACUUAAAAUUAUUACCAUGGUACAAUCAUAAUCCAACUGUUGAAUGUCUAUUAAUGCUCGAACAACUACUCAGUGAACAAGAUCAUUUACCAUCAACCGUCUAUGAAUUUAUGGUUCAUUUAUUAUCAGUAGUUGAUACUCAAACAUGGAUGGCAAAUACUACGAAUGAUAAAACAUCAUUGAUACCCGUUUAUUUUCGUCUAUUAGUUAAUUUAUUUUUAUCUGAACAAGCAAAUUAUCCUGAUAAUAAUGAAUAUUUAAGUAAAUUAUCUAGUCAAUGUGAGAAUAUUAACUGGUCUUAUUUAGAUUUUGAAAUGUAUCAAGAUGUUAUCAAUUCACUUAUCUCUAAAAUCCCAUAUAAUUUUAUAAUUGCACCUCGUGCUUCAAUUGAAGGUUAUUUAGUGCGAAUUCUUCGUUGUUCAUGUGAAUUUUGGUCAUCGUCUGUCACUUCUGAUCACAUACGAAGUAAACGUUUAUGUUAUAUUCGUUUAAUUGAACAAUGUUUAAUUAAUGGUAAAGGUCAACAUGAACGUGAUGAAUAUCGUUUAGCGCUUAUUAAUAUAUUGAAUGAUGUUGAAUCACUCUCAUUACAAAAUAAACUGAAUAUUCAUGAUGAAUUAGAAGAUAUACUUAUUGAAUUAAUUCGUUUUUUAAAUAUACCAUCUCUUGGUCAACAAUGUUUGGCAAGUUAUCAUAAUUAUCUAUUAGAAUGGAUUCGUCAUAGUCAAAAAUCAGUUAUGAUGAUACCGAUGUUAAAAAGUGUAUGUAAAACAAUCAAAGAUAUAAAUCGAAAAGUAAUUUUAAUCGAAACAACUUUGUAUAUGUAUUUUCUUCAUGAUAAACAUGGAAAUUGGAUGACAAUAAUUGAUAUAUUUAAUCAAAAUGAAAUAAAACAUAAAACAGAUGAUUAUAUUCGAUGUUGUUGUGAACAUAAUGCUCUACUAACAUUGUAUCUUUAUGUAGAAUAUCAACAAAUGAUAAAUACCAAAAAUAAUGAUCAGCUACAACAUGAACUUGAAUUACUAGAAAAAAUAGUUGAUUUAUUAACAACACUUAAAGUAAAAAUUCCUCAUGGUGAAGAAGAACGUGUACUUCUUUUAUUUUGGAAAAUAAAUCAAAUGAUCAUUCAUCAGUUAGAAUAUGGAAAAAGUACGGAUUUUUUUCUAACACGUUUAAUAAAAACAUAUUCACAAUGGUUACUUAAUCUUGGAACUGAUAAUAAAGAGUAUGCUUAUUCGGGUUUAUUGGCUAUUAUCGGAAUUGGAAAAAAGGCUCAAUAUUCAGUCAAAUUUCGUUUAUUUGUUAAAUUACUGGGUAUAAUUCAACUUGAACAAAUAACUGAUGAACCGUGUAAAGUUCGUAUUGAUCUUAAUGAUCGUCGACCUGAUAUAACAUCAACAAAUAAUAUUCAAUUGAAACAAGCAUUAGUGAAUUUAUCUCUAACAACCACCACAUCAGCAGCAGCAGUCGAACGGGAUUAUAAUGAAUAUAAAUCGGAAUUAAUUCAUUGUAACAGUGAAUAUUUAAGUAAUCCACAUGUUACUUACUUUGAUAUAACAAAAUUGAUUUUGUAUUUAUUUCAACAAUUGUUUUCAGAUUUACCAUAUUUAUAUUCGAUAGUGACUCAAAUAGCAGUAGCACAUGACAAUAACUGA